CGCUGGGACUCCCGGAGGCGGUACAGGAGUUCCACGGCAAGUCGGCAGCUCGCAGGAGCGGUGCGGAGUGGAGCCACGGCUGGGGACCCGGGGUUCUUUCUUGCCCCAGGCUUAGGGAGGCCGGCGCCGAGCCGUAGAGGUCACCCGCGGGAGGUUUCGGCGAAACCCCAGGGGAAGAAAGAGCGCCAGAGUCGCGCCCUGCGAGGCAGCUCAAUUCGCCGGGACUUUUGUUUGGGGGAGUUGAGAGGAGCGGUUCAGACGCGGUCGUAGUGACACUGCCGUCUCCACCGCGGGGGACAGCGAGCUUAAUGGUUCCAGAAGUGAAGAUGAUAGGUGGGAGCCCCAGCACGUGAAGAGUUGCCACUUGUUAUGGGAUUAAGAAAACAUUUAUGUGUAAUGGCUAAAGGGUGGCUCAAAAAUGUUAACAGUUUCAUAAUCUGGGUGAAAGGCAUACAGGAGCUCUGCAAUUCCAAUAUAAAUUUAAAAUGAUUUCAAAAUAAAAAAGAAAAUAAAAAACACUGACUCAUCCAAAGUCAUAUAGCUGAUAUGAAGCAGACAGAAUAGCUGAACUCAGGUUAUUUUAUGAUGAGGCUUUUGCUAUGGCUAAUGACCCCUUGGAAGGCUUUCAUGAAGUAAACCUCGCUUCACCGACUUCUCCGGACCUCCUUAGUGUGUGUGACUCAGGGACUCAGGAGCAGACUACCUCACCAAGCGUCAUCUACCGGCCGCAGCCUUCAGCUUUGUGCUCCACUGCUCUCCAGGCUAACACAUUGGAUGUUUCUGAGCUUCCUACACAACCUGUGUAUUCAUCCCCCAGACGCCUGAAUUGUGCAGAAGUCUCCUCUGUCAGCACUCAUGUUACAGACCCAGCACCUUGUUCGACCUCUGGAGUCACAGCUGGGUUAACUAAAUUAACUACAAGAAAGGACAACUGUAAUGCAGAGAGGGAGUUUUUACAGGGUGCUACUGUAACAGAGGCUUGUGAUGGCAGUGAUGAUUUUUUUGGGUUGAGUGCCGAUAGUCUGUCCCGUUUACGAAGCCCAUCUGUUUUGGAAGUUAGAGAAAAGGGAUAUGAACGUUUAAAAGAAGAACUCGCAAAAGCUCAGAGGGAACUGAAGUUAAAAGAUGAAGAAUGUGAGAGGCUUUCAAAGGUGCGAGAUGAACUUGGACAGGAGUUGGAAGAGCUCACAGCUGGUCUGUUUGAGGAAGCUCAUAAAAUGGUGAGAGAAGCGAAUGUCAAGCAGGCGACAGCAGAAAAACAGCUGAAAGAAGCACAAGGAAAAAUUGACGUCCUUCAAGCUGAGGUAGCUGCGUUGAAGACCCUUGUAUUGUCCAGCUCUCCAACGUCACCUAUGCAAGAACCUCUGCCCGGCGGAAAGACACCUUUUAAAAAGGGACAUACAAGAAACAAAAGUACAAGCAGUGCUAUGGGUGCCAGUCACCAGGACCUCAGUGUGAUGCAGCCCAUCGUAAAAGACAGCAAAGAGGCUGAUUUAUCUCUGUAUAAUGAGUUCAGAUCUUGGAAGGAUGAGCCCACCAUGGACCGAACAUGUCCUUUCUUAGACAAAAUCUAUCAGGAAGAUAUCUUUCCAUGUUUGACAUUCUCAAAAAGUGAGUUGGCUUCAGCCGUCCUGGAGGCCGUGGAGAACAACACACUGAGCAUCGAGCCAGUGGGGUUACAGCCUGUUCGGUUUGUGAAAGCUUCUGCUGUUGAAUGUGGAGGACCAAAAAAAUGUGCUCUCACUGGCCAGAGUAAGUCCUGUAAACACAGAAUUAAAUUAGGGGACUCGAGCAACUAUUAUUACAUUUCUCCUUUUUGCAGAUACAGGAUCACUUCUGUAUGUAACUUUUUCACAUACAUUCGGUACAUUCAGCAGGGACUCGUGAAACAGCAAGACGUUGAUCAGAUGUUUUGGGAAGUUAUGCAGUUGAGGAAAGAGAUGUCAUUGGCAAAACUGGGAUAUUUCAAAGAGGAACUGUGACGCUCCGCGUGGGACCACGUAUGAACCUCCGUGAACAACUGAGAAAUAGCUGAAUAUUUUUAUGGUUACCGGAUAUUUAUUUCCAAGGAGUGGGCCCAAGCAAGACUUUCUCCCCUUUUUGCAAAUCACUCUAAGAAGCACCGAGAUUUCUUUUCAAAUGACUUACACCGUCUGCUUACUCUUUAGUUGAACACACUAUGAAGAAUUACAGGUGUACUAGUGACUGUCAUUUAUAGGUGAAAAAAGAGAACAAAAUAAAUAGAUGCUAGACUGAA